UUUGAAUCACAACGAGUAAAAGAAAGCUCGUUAAGCCGCUCUUCUUCGCAAAACCCAAAACCCACAACCCAGAAUCCUUUUUAUCUCGUCGAGUAUUAAGUAUUUUCCCGGUCGGCUGACAGCCAAUAGGCAAUAUCCUUCCUAAAUCCAUAUCCUGUGAUUCAUAAACCCUUUGUUUUCGCAUUCUCAGGGUUUAAGCUUUUCCCAAGAUCUGCCCAUGGCUUCCGUUGCGCCUCCCGCUGAUCAAGCUGCAGGAUUGCUGCAAAACUUGACCUUGGAUUCUCAGUCUCAAUCCAAAACCACCAAUCUAGACUCUGACUCCAUUAAAAAGCUUCCUACUUCUCAAAUGGGAACAGUGAACACUCCAAACAAUGAGAGAUGUGUGACACCGGUGCUGCCUGAUUUUAUGGAUCCUACUCUAUGCUACGUUCCCAAUACUUAUCAUCAACAUACGGCUUACUACUAUGGUGGUUAUGAUGGAACAUGCAAUGAGUGGGAUGAUUACUCUAGAUAUAUCAACCAAGAUGGAGUUGGAGUUGGUCUUGAGAUGUCUCCAGCUGUCUAUGGUGACACUGCUUCCAUUAUGUAUCAUCACGGCUUUGGUUAUGCUCCCUAUGCUCCCUAUUCCCCUUCACCUUCACCUGUUCCAUCCAUGCCACAUGAAAGCCAUCUCUUUGGUCAUCAACAAUAUCAGUAUCCCGCCCCAUAUUACCCUCCUCUCACCACCACAUGUAGCACCUAUACUAAUCCACCACCAGCUGUGUCGGUGUCCUCUGCCCCUGCUGUACACACACCUCUUUCUGUUGAGCCUACCAAUACUGUUUCAACUGCCAAUACUGUUUCAACUGUCAGGCCUGCAUAUCAAAACUCAACAUACAACAUGCCUCCUUAUGGGAAACUUGCUGCCUCUGGUUAUCAAGAUCCAAGAUUUGCUUUUGAUGGAAUUAGGUCUCCAGUUCCUUGGUUAGAUGCCCCUAUUUUUGCUGAUGGUCACCCUAGGCCUGUUACUAACAAUUCAUAUCCCUCAUCGGUGUCAAAUGGCAAUGGCCUUGCAUCUGCUAGGACUCACAAAUUGCAGCCUCAUGCUAGUGUCAUGAGUUUACAUCAACCAAGGCCAAUGAGUAACAUGGGGAUGGCUCAAGGGUAUAUCAACAGGAUGUAUCCAAACAAGUUAUAUGGUCAUUAUGCUAAUGGUGUAAGAGCAGGUUUGGGCUUUGGAAAUAAUGGGUAUGAUGCACGUGUAAAUGGACGUGCGUGGUUUGCAGUUGAUAACAGGUUCAAGAACAAGAGUCGAGGUAAUGGUUUCUUGGGUUAUGGCAAUGAGAAUAUGGAUGGGUUAAAUGAGCUCAACAGGGGACCCAGAGCGAAGGCGUCUAAGAGCAUAAGGAGCAUUGUUCCUGUUGCAUUAGCUGAUAGAGGACAGAGCAGCGGAAACCAGGAUGAGAAGGCAAAUAUGAAUAUGACUCCUGAUAGAGAAGAAUAUAAUUGUCCUGAUUUCAUGGAAAGUUAUACGGAAGCUAAAUUCUUUGUCAUUAAGUCCUACAGCGAGGAUGACGUCCAUAAGAGUAUUAAGUACAAUGUAUGGUCCAGCACCCCAAAUGGCAACAAGAAGCUUGACUUAGCAUACAAGGAAGCUCAGCAGAAGUCUAGUGGAUGUCCAGUGUUUCUAUUUUUCUCGGUGAAUACUAGCGGGCAGUUUGUUGGUCUUGCGGAAAUGGUGGGUCCAGUUGAUUUUCAGAAGAAUGUUGAGUACUGGCAGCAAGACAAGUGGAAUGGUAAUUUCCCAGUUAAGUGGCACAUGGUGAAGGAUGUGCCUAACAGCUUGUUGAAGCUCAUUAUCCUUGAAAACAACGAGAACAAACCGGUGACAAAUAGUCGAGAUACUCAAGAGGUUAAGUUGGAGCAAGGUCUUGAAAUGCUUAAAAUAUUUAAGGAACACACCAGCAAAACUUGCAUUUUGGAUGACUUUGGGUUUUAUGAGGUGCGUCAGAAGACUAUCCAAGAAAAGAAGGCUAAGCAGCAACAGUUUCAUAAGCAGGUAUGGGAAGGGAAGAAUUCAGGGGAUAAAAAUAAAGAUGGAAAAGAACAAGUGCACAAGUCAGUUGAGGUUGGCUUAGACUUGAGCAAGGGUGUUGAGUCGAAUGGUGACUCGGACACUGGUGUUUGAAAAUGAAAAUGUUGGAGUUGCGAAGAUUUGCUGCUAGCAAUUUUAAUUUUGCAAAGAGUUCCAUUUUCUUUUGCUGGGAAGCUUGGAAUAGAAAAGUAGACAUUUAAGUGCAUCCUUGAAGCACAACUGCACAAGAAGAUAGAGAAAUAUGCCUUGAUUGGAGAAGAAUCUAGAUAAGACUGGGUCAAAGCAUCGUAUUGGCCUUGAUUUGAUUUUGAUAUGCUGUUGUUAGAGAGUUAGUUAUAGGUCUCCGCCUUUAAUUCAUGUCACUGUUUGUUUUUUCUCAAAAUAUAUAAUAGGGUUGUUUGAAAAUUAUUGAAUAAAAUCACAUUUUCCAUUAACACAUAA